AUGGGCGCAGCUGUCCGGCUGACCGCGGACGAUGGUCACGUUCUCAACGCAUAUCGAGCUGCGCCCGAUGGCGAGCCGCGCGCGGGCCUCGUGCUCGUGCAGGAGAUUUUCGGGGUCAACGACCACGUCAGAAGCGUGUGCGACGACUACGCGGCCCAGGGCUACCUCGUGCUGGCGCCCUGCCUGUUCGACCGCAAGGAGCCGGGGAUCGAGCGGGGCUACACCGCCGAGACGGUCGACGAGGGCCGCGCGCUCAAGGCCGAUAUCGGCUGGGACGGUCCGGUCAUGGACAUCAAGGCCGGCGUCGACGCGCUCGAGGGCGCGCCCAAGGUGGGGGUCGUGGGCUAUUGCUGGGGCGGAUCGCUCGCCUGGCUUGCCGCGUGCCGUUUGGAGUUCGACGUGGCGGUCGGCUAUUACGGCGGCCAGAUCAUCGAGUUCGUCGGCGAGACGCCCGACUGCCCGACGAUGCUCCACUUCGGCACCGAGGACGCGGGCAUCCCGAUGGCCGACGUGGACGAGAUCAAGACCACCCAUCCCUGA